CAACAAAAUGUUUUGGUCGUUGACAACAACUCUAAGAGGCUACAUACGGCAGCCUCUAAGUAACUAUCGUUUUUUACGCAGCUCGAGUUAUUUAGGCACAGCCAAAAAGGGAGCACCCUGGACACCAGAAGAAGAUCAAAAGUUAUUGGAAUUACUUCGCUCCCUGAAAGGAGUGAGAAAGUGGACAACUCUUGAAGAUUAUUUCCCAGAGAGAACGCAUCUUGCCAUUCGCAGUCGUGCUCGAACACUUGUUGGAAGCAGAAGCGUUAGUAGAGCACCUUUUUCGCAAGAAGAAGACGAAAGGUUAUUAGAACUUGUAGAGACUCACGGAGAAGACUUUUUAACGGUUGGAAGUUUUAUGGAAAAAAGAUCUCCAUAUCAGUGUAGUAGGAGAUGGUUUCUCCAUCUGAAAAAGAUGAACGAGAAAGCAAAGUCCAUAAGUAUAAGACCUGCGCGUCAGUGGAGGCAACUUUAUGACAACUUUAUUUCUUCUACAACGAAUAAAAGUAAUUCAAAUUGAAGUUGUGAUAUCGACAGACUG